CGACGUUCGUGGGUAUCGUAUCGCGCUACUGCAUCCUCACCAGUCCGUGAACGAUAACGUGUAAUGUACUUACCGCUACCGUUAACAUUUUUACUUGUUCUUUUGUUUUCUAUUCUAAUUAUCGACUUUUGAUAUUAAAUAUAAUGCUACUUAACGUUAUUCUGAAAUGACUUGUAUGUGAUUGUUAACAGAAAGGAAUACGUGACCUAGUCUUAAAGAUGAGAACCACUAGAAAUUAGAAUGUAAUAAACUAAAAAUGCCGCAAACUCUUCUGAGGGGAGUUGCUCAUCAGAACUACCAAGAGUAUAAUAAUUAUCCUUGUACUAAAAUCCACAAUGGACAAAAUGGGUUUAUACCCAAUGGCAAGGCUGGGCAAAACGGACAUUACAACUAUAAAGCAUAUAUCAAAAAUCACAACGGCUAUGCCAACGGUUACAACAACCUUAAUGGUCGUACUAUUCAAAAAGGACCCAUAAAAGAGAAUGGACUUAAUUCCAAUGGAUGCAGCUCAAUUUUUCAACCACAUAAUUAUUCAGGAACUAAUGGACAUGCAAAGGCGUAUAUGAAUGGACUUGCUACAAAAUUAGAAGAAAAACAAUCCACGCUUUCCAGGUGUUGUACUGCUGAUCGGCGAAAAAAAGCUUCAAGUUUUUACGAUAUUAAACGGUCAUGUAGGGAGCAAGGUCGUCUUUAUGAAGAUCUUGAUUUUCCUGCAAGUUCUAAGGCACUUUACCACCACAAAAAACCAUCUUUAAGUCCUAUUGUCUGGAUGCGUCCACAUGAAAUCUGUCAGCGACCACGUUUUAUCAAUAAUACCUCUGACGAACCUCACAGAAAGUGUUCCAUUGAAUCUGGAGAGGUUGGAGACCAAAGAUUAUUGGCUGCUGUAUCUUCUUUAGCAUUAACACCAAAGUUGCUGGAACGAGUAGUUCCACCUGAUCAAGAUUUUGAUACGGCUAACUCAUAUUGUGGAAUUUUUCGUUUCAGGUUCUGGUGUUUUGGUGAAUGGAAAGACGUAUUUAUUGAUGAUAAACUACCAACUUAUAAAGGAAGGCUGGUUUAUUUACAUUGUGCAAAUAAUUCAGAGUUUUGGGCGGCUCUUUUAGAAAAAGCAUACGCAAAACUCUAUGGAUCUUACGAGCAACUGUUAUAUGGAUCCACUACAAGAGCUCUACAAGAUUUAACAGGCGGUAUAGUUCAAAGUUUUGGUUUAUCACAUCAGGAUCGAUUUCUUACAUUUCAAGUAUUAAAUAGUGCAGUUCCAAGGUCUAGUCUAUUGAUAGCUACUAUUACACAGGAAAAAGAACCAAAAAGACAACUCAGGUUACGAAACGGACUCAUCACGCAGCACGCUUACAGCAUCACAGGCUUAGCCAGAGUACGAGGAGUCAAUGGAGAAGUUCCACUAGUCAGAUUGAGAAAUCCCUGGGCAAAAGGAGAAUGGACUGGCCCUUGGAGUGAACGUUCAUGGGAAUGGGAUGGGCUAUCCAAUAGGGAUCAGGAUCUAUUAAGCAUAAAGGUCACAAAUGAAGGGGAAUUCUGGAUGUCUUUUGAAGAUUUUUCACGACAUUUUACCCAACUCGACUUGGUUCAUAUAGGUCCAGACGAUUGGAUGAUGGAAGGCUCGCUACACUCAAAACAACCCUGGAGGGCAGUCCUAGCAAGAAGAAGAUGGAGAGCUGGCUAUAAUGCUGGAGGAGGACCAUCGAAUGUUGAUACAACAGCGAUGAAUCCCCAAUUCCAUGUGCAAAUUCCUAGAACGUCUUCAAACAAAUGCCACGUGGUCGUUUCAAUCACUCAAUAUUAUGAAACUAAAGAAUUUGAUGUGAAAAAGAAAAAAGCUCUUUUUGCAAUAGGUUUUGCAGUUUAUGAAGUACCAAAUUCAAUGCAGAGAUUAACUUCACAUUUCGUCAGCGAUCAGAAACCGUUAGAUGUAACAAAUCAUUCGAUAGCGAGAGAAGUGGUUACUUUCUUCACUUUACCAUCAGGGGAUUAUAUCGUUGUACCUCAAACCAACAUCCCAAAUUUAGAAGGAAAAUUUUUAUUAAGAAUAUUCACCGAUGAACAGAGCGUUAUAUGGGAAGUAAAUGAAGAUAAUAUGCUUAUUAGAAACAUUGCAUCUGAGUUUGUGGAUCAUUCGGGUUCAUCCGUCGCGGGAGAUGGUAAAGCGCCGAUAAAUAAAAUGCUGCUGAAAUAUUCAUCUGAAAUCGAUGCUAGUCAAUUACAAAAAAUCCUGAAAACUCACUGGAAACUGUAUUUGUCUGAAAAACCAAGCUUAGAACUGUGUAAGAGUUUAAUCAUGCUAAGAGAUUUUAAUAUUAGUGGGAAAAUUAAUCUGGCAGAUUUACCGACAUUGUUGCAAGUUUUACAAUAUUGGAGGUUAGCUUUUCAAAGAUUUGAAAAAAGUCAUCACUGCGGUAAAACUUCCAGUUAUCACCUGAGGGCAUUAUUAUGGGAAGUUGGGUGCACUGUCAGUAAUAAAGUGUUAGAAUGUUUAAUUCUAAGGUUUGCCAAAGACCGAGUAUUAACUGCAGAAAAUUAUAUCAUGGCUUUAGUGCGGUUACAUCUUUCUCAUGACAGGUAUCAUAAUCUGGAUACAAAAACAAAGAGCAAUCCUCUAACUUUAGAAGAGAUGAUCCUAAUGACCAUUUACUCCUGAAACAUACGUGUAGACAAGACUUUAACCAAAACCUAAUGGAUAUGAGAGUAGACAUAUUUGGUUAACUGACUAUAUUAAGAACCAAAGAAAUUGUGUACAAGAUUCUUAUGUUAAACGAUUUUAUUUGUUGUUUUUAUUUACAAAUAUAUUUAUCUUUAUUUAUUUACACCAAAA